GUCAAGAAUUCGGCGGGCCUAUACGAUAGGCAGAGCAGUGGAUGUUGACGCCAUUGUCCAUGACGUGACGAGUAGAUCUGGACGGCAACAAGGGCGGUAGCUGAUUGUCAGUCGCAAACUUGACAAAGAAAUUGUACAGAAGUUAGCCACGGUUUGGACGACGAGCAAAGGCAGGACAAUGGCAGGAAAGUUCGCAGUCAAGAAUGUUUGCAUAGUUGGAGCAGGGCCCUCCGGUGUGGCAGCUGCCAAAUAUUUGGUGGCCGAGAAAGCCUUUGAACGGAUUGAUGUUUACGAGCAGCGAUCAAGAGUAGGAGGCGUCUGGGACUACUCGCCCGAAGACAAGACGCCCACGCCCGAUGACCUCCCUGUACCAUCAGUGAGCCCUCACACUGGUCUCGCCAAAGCGAAAUGGCUGCAGUCAGGCACCAGAAAAGCUCUCGGCAGCCGUAUCGAAGAGGACUCGCUAUUUCUCAGCCCGCUGUAUGACCGCCUGGAGACGAAUAUUCCGCGCACGUUGAUGGGCUACUCUGACUUUGACUGGCCGCAAGACUCGCAACUCUUCCCCAAGCACGAGACCGUCACACAAUACCUCGAAGACUACGCCGCCGAGAUCAAGCACCUCAUCCACUUCAACACUCAAGUCCUGGACAUCAGCCUGGCAGGCACAAAGGAACAUGGCCAAGAUAUAUGGUCUGUCAAGACGCAAAAAGUACAGCACAACUCCCCGGCAGAAGUAGUAGAGACAAAGUACGAUGCCAUCGUCGUCGCCAAUGGCCACUUCGCUGUGCCUUUCAUUCCUCAGAUCAAGGGCAUCAAGGAGUGGGCUGACCACUAUCCAAACGCCAUCUCACACUCCAUGUACUACAAGAAGCCCGAGGACUACACAAAUCUCAAGACAAUCAUCGUCGGCAGUGGAGCCUCGGGCAUUGACAUUGCCAUGCAGAUAAUGCAGCUUUGCAAACAUCCUUUGCUACAGUCUCAGAAGUCAAAGUCAUUCUUGCUGUCCGACCCCUCACCAAAGAAACAGGAACGCGACGAGAUUGUCGAAUUCCUCAUUCAGGACAGAGCUGUACGCUUCGCUGAUGGCAGCGUGGAGAAGGACAUCGACUCGAUCCUCUUCUGUACCGGCUACUUCUACUCUUUCCCCUUCCUAAACAACAUGGACCCACCGCUCGUUACCAGUGGCACCCAUGUCCAGAAUCUAUAUCAGCAUCUGAUCUGCCGCCCGCAUCCCACUCUCUGCUUCCCCACCUUGCAGCAGCGUGUCAUACCUUUUCCCAUGGCAGAGUCACAAAGCGCCGUUAUUGCUCGUCUAUGGAACAACCGCAUCUCUCUGCCCUCGGCCAAUGAUAUGGAGGCCUGGGAGAACAACUUGCUCAGAGAGACAGAUGGCGGUAAGAGGGACUUCCACCUGCUCUUGUUCCCAAAGGACGCAAACUACAUCAACGCCAUGUACGAUUGGUCAAUGUCAGCGUCCGACGCAAAGACAAAAGGCAAGCAACCACCGAGGUGGGGUGAGAAGGAAUACUGGAUGCGUGAAAAAUUUCCGGAGAUCAAGAAGGCUUUCCAGGACCGAGGCGAAGGUAGAUACCAAGUUAGGACUUUGGAAGAGUUGGGGUUCGACUUUGAGAAGUACAAGAAAGAAAAGCCUGCAGAGCAGAGAAGUUCCUUGUAAUACAUUGUCACACUAAUCAAAGCAUAGAUAGAUCCACUGAACUUCGAUAUGAACACAGAACAAA